GCGGAAUUUCGUUUUCGUCCAAUAAGAUGCUUUGUUUACCAAAUUCGAUAGCCAAUCAGAUCCCGCGAAUCUUGCAUGGUUUGUUUACAUUUGUCACGAAAACACCCUUAGCUGUGGAGGGAAACCACUACUGGAAUUUUGGGCCGCCACGAAAAUAUACAUUAAAUAAAAUCAGCGAAAAAUAAAAAUAUACAAUGUUUAUUAAAUUUACUAAAAAACUACCGCUGCUUUCGAGUUAACUCGACGUAGUAUUCCUAAAAUCUUAGGUUGAACUUUUCCUAUCUCUCGGGGGGGCUAGGCCCAUUCUAUCCAGCUUCCUACAAGACCAAAUUUUAAGUAAUAGGUCUAGAAAUCUCGUCUCUGCGAUCAAUUUUACAAAUGUCCUGUAGCUAAUACGGGUCUUUUUUCAUUUAUGUUAAUGACCCUUACGAUCCAUCAAAAAUACGGCCCUCUGAUGCGGAAAUUGAGGGACUGCCCAAAUCCAAGGCACCAAUGCGAGGGAAGGGGAUCUCCAUCGUGGCGUGAUUAUGCAAAUUAGAAAGCCUCUUAGUUAUUACGAAGUCCACUCGAGAUGGUAGUUGGUCUCUGCGACAAAUUGGCGGCAAGUUUAGACGAAAAGCCAGUUUUAUACCUAGCUAACAGGCAACUCAUCUUUUUAUGGCAUAGCGAUUAAUUUUCAAGGAAAAACUUUUUUGGUGGAUGCCUUUUGAGCAGCUGCUGCUACCUAGUACGGGAAUCGUUGGACUUUCUGACUUCUGAUAUAAUCAAGACGGAAUAGCUUCGGUGGAAAGCAACAUUGAAAAUUAAAAACUCAGUUACAGUCUUUGGUUAUAUACUUUAUGUUCUGUUGUAACAUUUAAAAAAAAUAUAUAAUUAAUUAAUGAUUUAAUUUGUUUUACCCCCGGUUAUCAGCAAUAUUUUGGCGGGAAAAUUGCUUUCUAACUGGCGCUAAUUAUUAUCGUUGUUUACAUGUAAAGCCACCUCGUUUAAAUCCUCUAUUAUGGGAAGGUUUCGAAGAAAGUGCAGCAACCCACUGCAUCAGCAGUGGUGCUGCCACAAAUGUACAGUAAACGAAGCGGAUUUGAGGGAAUUCAAAGUUCCGACAUAUGCGAAGCUUCAGGCAUUUAAAUUGAUAGCCAAGGCGAAUGGCCACUCAGAAACCAAAAUUAAACACGUUUGCGUUUUCUGCAUUGAAAAUUGCGAGAAAAAACGUGAAUUUACGAAGUAUCUGGUAAGUUUCCCUUGUAGCAAAAUUGUGAUUCGAUAUUCCAAAUUUAAUUUACACUGGACUUAUCAUGCAAGAUUAUUAAAUUUACCUCCUUGUAAUUUGUCAAUGACUGAUAUCUGAAUUUUUUUUGGAAUUGUUCUUAAUUAGCUAUGUAAUUUUCUUUAUCUGGAAAUACAAAAGAUUUGAAAUUAAAGUUAUAUUAUUUUGUUUGCAACUCUUCUCACAAUUAAGUAGUCUCAAACAAAAAAUUUGACAGACAUUGAUUUUUCUGAUGUAAUUACUUUCAAACUUGAAACUUACAAAAGAAAAGUGUAAAAAGGAUUAGAGGAAUGUAACAAAUGUUUUGAGAAAAUUUCAAUUGAAAGAAAGAACAGGUUUUUUGAUAAGGUACAUUUUUUUAUUUAAAAAAUUAAUACAUAGCACUAGCAAAGAGUUUGUCCCACUGUAGGGAAGUUAUAUACAAUAUUACACUAUUACAGCAUCAAGAAACAGCCCAAUUCAAACAAAUCUUGAAAAAGAAAGAGACACCAAAUUAUGAAAAAGAGAGCUCUGACAUAGAAAAUGAUUCAGAAAUUACGGAGACACUGAGUUACCCCAGCCAAAAACUCAUGUUAAGCUCCCAAGAAACUGACACACAAGAAACUAACACACAAGAAACUAACACACAAGAAACAUACAACGAUUUUGAGACACUGGAGAAAAACGAUAAUUUUGAGCAACAAGAAAUUGGUAACGCUAGAAUCAAUUUGAAAUCUCAAGUCUCAAAAAUAAAGGAAAAAUGUUUCCAAAUGUUUGGUGAAAAUGGUGAACCAAUCACUGAUCCAGCUCAAUUUAAAAAGCUUUGUAAUGAUGCAGGGGCAACAACAAUUUUUGAAACAAUAGUAGAAGCUAUGUCAACUGCCAGACAAACAGCUGAAAGAAAAAAAUUGAUUGAAAAAAGAGCUGUUUCAAUUAUAUACAGCCUUGUCUACGGUCAGUCGCAAAGGGCUAAUUGGUUUCAAGUGGCAACUGCCAGGACUCUAAGAGGCUUUGGGGUUACAAGUAAGGGCAUGGAAACCCUCCAUAAUAUGGGUUUUACAGCACACCCACGCACAGUAAUUAAUACUAAUGAAGGCAUUGCUGCAAAUCAUAGCAAAACUGUGAAUGAUUUUUUUAAAAAUGCAGCAGAAAAGGGUCAUAUGGUGGUAAUUUUUAUAGAUGACUACCAUAAUAUCCAUGCUAAUCGACGUGCCACUACUUCUGCAACAUCACAAGUCACCCACAUGGCAACACUUCUUUUGAAGUCAUUCCCAAGUGUUGAAGCAAUUAGCCAUGCAACCUUUCCAGUCAAUGAUAUAAAGCCAGCAAACUUUGAGAACUUGAAAAGUGUUCUUGACAAUAACAUUGAUUUUUUAUCAAAGAGCUAUGUCAGUGUAAUGCCAGACUGGAUGAAAGCAGAGUUUUUUGACCCUGAAUCAGAAAGGCAUAGGUUGUUUAUCCAUGAUUACCAAAGAAUGACACAGCUAAGAUCUAUGGAUAACUGCAAGCUAGUUGACUCAAUAGAGAUGCCACUAAAAUCAUAUGACAAUUUUCGUACUGCUUUGGCCAUACUGCUUGAAAAUGGUUUGUCAUCAUACCUUCAAAGAUAUGUUGUUCCUCUUGUUGGUGAUUGGCCUGCUCAGUUCUUUGUUCGUCAAGUUGUGUAUAACAAAGAUGAUACAUUAUCUCAUCAAUGUAGCAAUAUUGUUCCUUUCAUAGGCCCAUUGCAUAUUUCAUUAAAUUCAAGAGAAAUUGUCUUCAUAAAAUUUCAUGCUUUCUUUGCUGAGCUGUAUUCAUUUUUGUUUGACACUAAAAAUCCAUUAUCCAAAAAGCCUAAGCCAUACAUAAUUUCAUUCUUGUUGGAAGUGCUAUAUGGUGGUAUUGUGGGUGGGUACAUUGUUAGGGAUAGAUCAUUGCUGCCUUUCAAAUGUAAAGAUAUUGAAUAUCUUACAUUACUCAAUCUCCUUGACUUACUUCCUAUGACACUCAGUAUUUACUCAAUUGUAAUUCAAAGUAAUAAUGGACAACUGAGUAUUAUCAGUCUUUUAUUUCGUUUGCCUGGGUAA